AUGCCUUCAAUUUAUAGCUCGAAUUUUGAAAACGACACUUUGCCGACCCCUUACGCAAACAAUAAUUUUACAACGGAAAUUGACCUCCGAUUUACGAUACCACUGACAUUCAAAGCGUUGACAACUUCAACACUAUUAAGAGCAUCAAAGAAUAGUCUUAGCGGUGGUGCAAUCGCCGGUAUAGUGAUCGGCGUGAUCAUAUUUGUCAUUAUUUUAUGUGCUUUAAUAUAUUACUUUAAUAAACGAUUGAAAUCUUCUGAACAACGAUCAUCAACUAGUGUUGCGCUUCCAUUAAAUCCGGCUCCUCCGGUUGUACCUCAGGCAAGUCUUCACCCUGUGCCAACUGCACCGAAAUCACCAAAAUCUACACCAAUAUUUCAUUGCCGAAAACCAAUCUGUGAUGCUUACCUCAAACAGUUUAACAUUUCACUUAAGUUUUUCGAAUCGAAACAUAACAAAUGUUUCUGUAGAAAAUGUCAUAAUACGUCGACUCCGAACAUCGAAUGUGGAUCUUGGUGCAAUGAACUACAUGGUUGGACUUGUUUCGGCCUAUCUGUAAAUGAAGCACAUGUGAAGCAAUGGCAUAUCUUUCGUGACUGGAAGAUCAGCUAUUAUGGGACAACACCCGAUCGAUUGUUCUCAAUCAUACGUAAUCGUUUCAUUCCGUUGGAUGGUGAGGUACUUCAAGACGGAAUUAAGUUCAGCAGUGGACAUUCAGAUACUUCAUGUUGGAAUACGUCACCAUUCCUAAUAUGCGCUAGUCAACCAAAGUUUAGUCCUGGUUCAAAAUUUCAUGCACCUGAUGGAAAUAACUACAAUGUUCAAGUAGUACUGCAAUGUAGACAAAAACCAGAUACAAUUAUUGGUGAGACAGACACAGCACCCAAGAAAAAUACUGUAUGGAAAACACAAGCACGAAGCGCCAUAAUUCCAAUUGCACUCCUUAUUCGAUUACAGAAACAUUGUAAUAAUGGUCGAUGUAUUGAAGAAGCGCAAGGACCACGGUGCAUAUGUGACGAAGGUUUUGUUGGCAGCAAUUGUGAUCAAGAAGGUUCUGAUUUUUAUCAUCGAACUUCACUCAUACAUGGACUUGCUGAUCCUGAUAUUCUAGCAGUGAAUGAUGAUCUAUUUUAUUUGACAGGCACAUCCGAUGCUUUCGUUUUACCAAUCUAUCAAUCAACAGACUUAAUCAAUUUUCAAUUAAAAGUUACAUACAAUCCAUCGACUAUUGAUACUAUAUAUAAUUAUUGUUUCAUUUGGGCACCUGAUCUUUCGAAACGUGGUACUGGUUAUGAUUUAUAUUUCUCUGCUCAACGUGUUACGAAAGGUGCAGCGUGUCCAGCUAGUGGACAAGAUGUGACAACAUUUCUUGCUAGAGCUAUUGAUGAUAAUCUCGUCUUUAGCGUACCGGUGCUCGUUGAUUUUGGACCAUCAGCUCCUAAAGGAAGAAUUGCUGCAGGUUGUAAUGGUGAUGGCUGUUUAAAAACAGUUCGAAUCGAUGCUGCCGUAGUCGGUCCAGAAAAUGAUCGUUGGUUUUUUUACGUAUGGUUUACAGCAGGCAAUAAUAUAGCUGCAUUUCCCUUUUCCUCGCCAACAAGUAUGAUAGCGAAUGCGGGACCCGCGUCUUUCUCUAUUCCAACUAGUGACGAAAAGAUUAAUGAAGCACCUGAAGUAUUUUGGCGCGAUGGACAGUACUAUUUCUUUAUUAGCACAGCGUUCUUUGACAGUCAAUAUGCUAUGUUCUACGUAAUGUCGCCCACGAUCGCUGACUUGACCCGUAAGCGCGCAGUACGUACACAUUCAGUUGCACAACGAAAUUCUGCUGGACGGCUCGUUCAAACUCAUGGACAUAAUUCUAUAGUAAUGCGACGAGGUCAAUUCUUCAAUGUAUUUCACCAAGGUGUUUUUGACAGCUCAGGACGAAUGAUCCGACGAGAUACAUUUAAACAACGCAUUGCAUUCCGAUCGGACGGAUCUAUACAUACAUUGAAUACUAUCAAUAUUCGUUGGACUCAACUUCCACUAUAUCAAUAUUCGAUCGAUAUUGUCAAGAAAGAUGGGUCUUCGGUAGGUCCUUGUAUUGCAGUCGGACGUAUUGGAGCGACGCUUGAAACAACUUAUACAGGUAUAUGUCCAGAUGGUGGUAAUCAACUGAUAGAUAAAGGUGACAUUGCCGCAUUUCGAUUAUUCUAUUCGAUGAACCAGGUGUGGAAAGAUUUCGUCGAAGUAAAAUACGAUGGAGUCUCAGAUCAAUUGGCCAUUUAUUUGUCAGGCGGUAUCACAAAACAAGUUGCUCUUCGAUGGAACGAACGUGUAACAGGUACACGACAUUCUCUUGAUAUUCGUCGUAAAAAUGGAACCUGGAUCGCUCCAUGCGUUAGCGAAGCAGUUAUCGGCACUCAAAUAGAAUAUGUUUUUGAUGGCAAUUGUCCAGCGGCAAAAGUGUUCGUCGAACCUCGUGAUAUAACGUCGAUUCGAAUAUGUUCUGCGGUAAAUAAUGAUUGGGCAAAAGCAAUAUGUGGUAGUGUCGAUUAUAAUGGAAGCACAAUUCAUGUCUUUGUGCGUAUACCAUAA